CUGGUAUGUACGUGUCAAAGCACAACCAAUCAGUGACCAAAAACAACAACACUUGGACAAACGUACUCCAGAUACGACACAUCACCAAGGACGACGAUGGCAAAUACGAGUGUCGUGUUCUAAACAGAGGAAACGAUUUUAGGAGUGGGUUCUGGCCUGCAUUUGCAGUAGUAUUCGUUUCAGAUUCUUCAUGUGUGACAUUGAACGGAUCGUUUCCCGACCCAGCGGAUAAAGCAGGUUAUAUAAAAUGCACGAAUGGCAAGGCGGCAAGAAAGGAAUGCCCUCAAAACACGACAUGGAACGAUGACAAAAAGAUAUGCGAGAAACCAGUAUUUAGACUUGAUUGGAUACACCGUCCGGUAGUUUUACCCUUCAUGGACAAGAAAGUAGGCACGUCACUCACCGUGGACUGUAGAUUGUCAGACCCGACUGUAGAGGUUUCUUUGUACCAGAAAGAUACCUAUUCCAGGCGACGAUACCCCGAUGGCUGUAAGGUGACUUACUCGCGUCAGGUCUUCACUGUUCACGCCUUGGUAAUCCUGGAUGUUGGAUCGUAUUAUUGUAGAGCAGAGAAUGUCACUGAAAAGGAGGAGGUCUUUCUUAAGGUUGAUCCAGGUCCAUCGAUCUGGUAUGGUCAAGGGGACAUUAAUUUCAUCACAGCUCUAGGAAGCUCAAUCGAUUUUGAAUGCAAAGCUUCCAUCAUGCCCGAGUCCAACACGUUCCUUGAGCUGAGCACAUCGUACAGAAUCACCACGCUGGUCCCCGAUGGCAAGAAGGUCAUCAAACGAGGAAACACGUUUAAAAUCCGUGGGGUUGAUCGCGACCAGGCUGGAAACGUGUACUGUAAAACCACGUCAUCGUGUGGUGGACAGGCCGAGGGAUACAAGAUUGGAAGGUUGAUUCCUGUUAGGCAACCUAAAGGUAUGACACCAAAUCCCAGCAUAAAACCAACCAAACAGGCACUUGAUCUUGGACAAAAUAAGUCUAUUAUAUUCAAUUGUUCCGUUGGUAAUACCAAGGCAGCGUCUUUCUCCUGGUUUCUGGACGACGAGCAAAUAAGUGACGAGCAUGUUUAUGUCUCAAGCAACAAAACAUACAGUUAUCUUACCGUAAGCGACAAAACCCUUACAAGAGCAAUUCAAGGUGGUGCUGUUAUGGAUGUGGAGUGUCGAGUAACCAGCAAUGGUGCAGGCUAUUGGUUCGCUACUGCUGAACUAGUGAUUGGACUUGAUAGUAUAAUAACAAGACCUUUACAACAAACGUUUGUUCAUCUGUAUGGUUCAGCAUCAUUUUCCUGUUCUCCUCGAACCACGACUAUUUAUCAAAAUAACACUAAGAGUAAGACACUUACCCCUCGAUCUCUUGAUGGAGCCAAGAUUAUUAUGCGGAGAAGCAACACCCUUGAGAUUCAGUUGUUUGAUUUUGAUGAUGUUGGUUUGUACUAUUGUAGUCUGGAAGACGCCGUUCCUGUUGCACACUUUGUGCUUUCAGGUACUGACCAACCUAUUGUAGUUGGUUGGGUGAAGAUCAUAUCGACAAAGGAUCCGGAUAAAGAUAACAAGAUUAUUAUCGACCAGUCAGCCAGUGUCAACCUAGUGUGCUAUUCCACUUAUCGACCCAGAUCACCUUCGUUCACCUGGGAGAAGACAGACGUGGCGGGCAAGAAGGUUAACAUAACUAGACUAACCAAAUCCUGGCCGCGGUGGGUUAAACAAAGUAUCCUGGAGAUAAGGAAUGCUAGUAAACAAGAUGAAGGAACGUACACGUGCAGUUUGGACGACAAUGGGAAACAAUUGUCUGACAUGGUGAAGAUUGUUGUUAAAGAUCCAUCAAAACCUACUAUAACGCUCAAAUCCCCAAAUAUCAUCUGCCAAGAGAACGACAUGGUUGACAUAACCAUCCAGGUUCUUGGUUCACCUCCACCUGCUGUUUUCUGGAAGAUAAACAAAGAAGUUAUCGCUAGUUGUCUGCCGUUGUACGGUUCCAUGUUGUGUGAAGCAACUUCAUCUGCGUAUAAUGUAAAGUUCAAGGGUGGCUCACACGUUCUUACGAUAAACAAAGCGGUUCACAAGCUGAACCAUAGAGAUUACGAAUGUGUGGCAAGAAAUAUGGUGGGAAAGACAAGUAAGACUGUUUCAGUCGCUGUACGUGUCAAACCAAAGCUGGCCAAGGAAUCAGACACGAUUCGACACGUAGUAGCAAAGCCUAAAGAUUACGUUAAGCUACCGUGCAAAGUCCUCCAAGGCUACCCCACCCCCACAAUCAACUGGUAUACUGCACCCUCAUCCACGUGCAAGGAACGUGAUCCGACGUGUAAGCCUGAGGACCAUCAAUGGAAAAGGAUUGGGCUGCCUGUGCCUAAGGAGUUUGUGUCUCCGCCAAUGAAUGAAACUGCCUUCUACAAGUGUGACGCUACGAAUGCUCUAGGCAAAGAUUCUGUGGUGUAUUCUGUUGUACGAAUGGACAUCCGGCCACCUAAGAUCAACAACUUCAAGAACAAACUAACAGUAAAUGGUUCGAAUCGACUCGAAGUCGCCUGUCACGUGGAAGGAACUCCAAUCCCAGACGUAUUGUGGAUAAGGAAGCGCAAAACUAUUGCUGCCUGCACAGGAGAUGCUCUGGGAAUCUCCAAAACAUGUACACCAACUGUCUCCAGUAAUGCUGAACGAUACGAGAUACGAUGGCUGGAAACUCACUCUGAGAUGAUUGUUCAGAGUGCUUCUCACAUGCAUGAUGGUGGGAUACUGAGCUGUAUAGCGAAGAGUCAGUUGGGGCAGGACAAAGCCGAUGUUCAAAUUGAAGUACAAGAAUCACCAAAAUUGGCCAAACAGGGCGAAAUCGCCUCAUACUACACUCAGUACAACGACUACAGAACCCUCGUGAUCGAUGUGGUCAGCGGUAACCCACCACCUCAAUACAAAUGGUUCAUCCAGUCAGCUGAUCACUGCCGUCAAUCAAACCAGCAGUGUAAGCCACGUCCUAGACGAUGGAUACCGAGUUACCUGGAAGCCUCUCCCCCUCCUGGGGUGGCAGGCACGAGAAGUGCUAUCUCUCUACCACCGAGCAAACGAAACUUUUUCUACAAAGUCGAGGCAUCGAAUGCAGUUGGUGCCGAUAAACAAAUAUUUUCUGUCAUCAGGACAUGGGAAGAAACAGUCCGUCCUGUCAUCUCCAAACCUAAAGGAGUCGUGUUCGAUCAAGAAGAGCAGCUAAAGCUAGUCUGCAAAGCGAGCAGAUUCGACUUUCAAGGUGUUGAUUGGGUAAGAAAAGAUGGCAAACCACUACCACGAAACAGAACAACGACUGACACUCGAGCAGAAGACCACGAUAUUCUGAUGACAAUUUUGAUUGACAGCGUUACCAUGGAUGACGCAGGGGUGUACCAGUGUUUGGGCUACACCGAAAACAGCACCAGUGCAGCUUCAGUUGACAUCACAAUAAGAGAAUUCGUAUCUCCAAAAGUGUCUCUAACAAACCAGACUGUUAUGAGCACCAUUGGACAGGUCGACUUGCAGUGUCGCGUGGUUGCUGGAUACCCCAAACCAAAGAUCACGUGGUACAGGAACGAUAUCCCUCUCAAGCUCAAACCUCUUGGGCCUGAUGGAGAUUGCGCGUCAUUUACGAAUGGGUUUUACCAUCUUGAUGAUCAAAAACCUCCUUAUUCUGAACAUCUGGUGAUCUGUGAUCCUAAACACGAGCGGAAUACUGGUUGGUAUAAGUGUAAGGCUGAGAACAAGAGAAAUCACACCCAGAUAAGGAAAUACUUGAAUGUACAUGAGGCUCCAACAGUUAUCAUAACCUCGGAUGCAUCGGUCUUGUUGAGGGAGAUUGGGGAGAGUCUCGAGGUCACGUGUAUCGCUUCAGGCAACCCAGAGCCUACGGUCUAUUGGCUCAAAAAAGCUGACGAUGAAAGAGAAUACCCUGUUGCUGCUGAGAACGUCCAAUCGGUAGAUGGUGGUAAAGUAAUAGUGAUGUCCAUGGAUGAAUCACACUAUGGUGUCUAUACGUGCCGUGCGAAUAAUACUUAUGGGAACUCUUCUGCGUCUGUGUCAGUGGAAAAUCCCAGCGUGUUAUCACAGGUUCAAAAACAAUCCAAAGACCAGCUCAUAGCUGUAAUCAUCGUCAGUAUAGCCUUGAUCCUAUUCCUUAUCGUGUUUGCUUUGAUCUUGUACCGACGGAAGCGCAUGUACGGUGGAUUUUACCUCUGUACCACUCCUCCUCUUCCUGACCUCAUCAAAAGCCUAGACCCUAGGUCUCCCCUGAUUGAGCAAGUGCACAAGCUACCGUAUGAUCCUGUCUGGGAGUACCCAAGAGAAAAUAUUGUUUUUCGUGAUGUGCUUGGUUCUGGGACGUUUGGUAAGGUCUUUCUCUGUGAGACAGAGGGCGGUUUAGUCAUGGAUGACAGGUCUUCUGUUAAUAGUAGAUACAGACUGGCGAAACGAAAAGAUUACCGAAGAGGAUCGGCUAUCUCCUUGAAAGGAAACCUCAAAAUAGCAGUCAAAACUCUCAAAGAAACUGCAUCAGAAUCAGACCACAACGACCUGUUGUCUGAGUUGAAGAUUCUCAUCCAUGUGGGAGCUCAUAAAAACAUUGUUAACUUACUGGGAGCUUGUACCAAAGGCCCUAAGCAGGACCUGUGGGUUAUCAUGGAGUACUGUCCCCAUGGUGACCUGUUACAUUACUUGAAAGAAAAGCGUGAUUUUCACGAGCCCAUCUGGGAACCCCCCACAGAUGAUCCAAAAACCCAGUUCUCUUUGACUGAGCUAGUGAGUACGGCUUAUCAGGUCGCGAGAGGAAUGGACUUCUUAACAUCAAGACGGUGUAUUCAUCGUGAUCUGGCAGCCAGGAAUGUCCUGGUAGGAGAGAACUACGUCAUGAAGGUGGCAGACUUUGGUUUGGCUAGAGAUGUGUACAAGAAUGAAGAAUACGUCAAACAAACUCCGGGUUUAGUGCCAAUAAAAUGGAUGGCCCUAGAGUCUCUCAUAGACAAAGUUUAUUCCCAAAAAAGCGACGUUUGGUCGUUUGGAGUUAUUCUUUGGGAGAUUUUUACGCUUGGCGGCAGUCCUUAUCCUGACCUUCAUCCAACUGAAGUCUAUGAGUUUCUUGUGGAGGGAAAACGCAUGGCAAAACCAGUCAACUGUCCAGACGAGAUUUAUGCCUUGAUGAACGAAUGCUGGAUGCACGAUCCGGACGACAGACCAACGUUUAAAGAAAUUGUCUUGAAACUCGACAAGAUUAUCGAGAUUAACAUACCCGCUAUGGGACGAGAGGCAUACCUCGAGCUAGAUAAUGUCGAAGAUGAGAAUCUCAACAAGGAGGAGGAUGGUUAUCUACUGCCUUCGGAUGUUGUACCGUCCAAAGCGCCUCAAAAAGAGGACGACGAAAAGCCUUACGUAGACAUCGACGAUCCUCAUGACUAUUCGGAAAUACCUGAUCAUGAUUUGUCGAAAGAAAGUAAUUCUAUGAUUAAGGGCUCGAGUGAGGGAGAGAGAAAAUCUAAAAUCAAAAUGCCGGGUGAAUAUGAAAUGGCUCUGAAGAAUCCUCGGUAUGUGAAUGUACUAAAUGAUACUGAGACGUCAAGAACAACGAUCUUGUGAUGUGGUUGAACGCUACUUACUGUACAAGAAGAACUGGCCCUUCCACCUGGGGGUUAAUUGCGAUUUCAUCGAAGGCCCGAAAGGACAUUGAAUGCUAUCGUUUGAAAAGUUUCAACGGCUUGCAAAACUAUAAAACACACGAAACAAAAUAUAUGCCAUAUUCAAACUGAAGCAACACGAAACAGUUCAUUUGUUUAUUUCAAAAAACGAAAUAUCAACACUGACAAAAUAUGAACUCAUCAUUCAUGGAAGCUCCACCGGUUCUGUCUCAGUAGUCACAAUAUGUACAAAACAAUCUAAUGAAGAUAUUCUCGAGUUAGAACCGCUAGCUAGCGCGCUGGUCUUUUAGUUAGUCAAUAUAAAUGUUUGCCCUAAAAAUUUUCUCAAAAGUGUCGUUUCCCCCCCAUUGAAAUAGCAGUCAAUAUACCAGUCGCGACUGAUUUACAGUAAAUACCAGUUGCAACUCAGCUAUUUGAUGACGAGAGGUUAAUUUUUUUAAAGAAAAAAAACCCGCUAUUUUCACGCUAUUUUCCGCUCAAAUAAACACAUUUUGUGUACAACUUUACGGGACCCAGACCACUAGCUAUAGCUCCAGAUCAAGAGAAUAUGAAGUAAGUUGCUUCGUAAUCUCUUGCUCAAGAUAUAUGGUGUCUUAGUUUCUGUCAAUCAAAUUUCCAACGGCCCGCUGAGUUCGUAUGAGCUUCGAUUGAUAAUACCCAAAAAUCCAGACGUCCUAAUUAGGUUUAAACCUAAUGUUCAAAUUGGUCCAAAGAUUGUAUCGCUUAUCGGAGCUCGACAUAAGCGAAUGCCGGAGAGGCUUUCAAGUUAUUCCAUUUUAUGCAGAUAUUUCGUUCACAUCGUGACCAUUUUCUCGCAUUUGCCUUGAAAAUAUACGUUAAAUAUCUUUUAAUUUAGCUGCAUGCGAUAAACUACACAUGUAAGAUAAAUGCAACGACUAAAAGAACAUGGUUAUAUAGUAGAUAGUUUCACAAAGAAUAUAAUAUCCAAUUAACAUGUUUAUAGGGUCGUUCAUGUGAUAAUAAACUUAUACUGAAAAACAA